AUGCUAAUAACAUUUAAAAUUUUUAAACAUUAUACUCCCAUUAAUCAAGCAUUAUCACAAUGUCGUUAUUACCAAUACACACAGUAUAUUGGCAAAAACCAGACACGGUAUUUUUCAACGGAAUCAUCUAAAAAUGUCUUGUCAGAUACAGUGACAAAUAAAUAUUGUACUGAUGAAGAAAUAAAAUGUUCAGAUAAAAGUUCUGUAUAUCGUUUUGUUCCAUCUAAACCUAUUUGGAAACGAUUCGAUGUUGGGGUGCAGCAUGAAUUAGAAGAGGUGAAUAGUAUAUCUGGAACAAAGGAUUGUGUAUCACCUGAUAAACAGGAUAUAUUUUAUAUUGAUCACAGUACUCUUCCAAAACGAACCCGAUUGGAUAUGAAUGUAGUUAAACUACUUGAACAGAUAUCGCUAAUAAAUUUCAAAGAAGAAAAUUUGAGAACUCUUGAGGAAGCUAUACGCUAUGCUGAUUCAUUGCUAACGAAAGAAGCUUUUCAUGGAACAACUAAUAAUCAAUGUUGGAGUCUAGAUAAUACAGAACCGAUGAUUAGUUUAUGUGAUGAAAUUAAUGUUGGUUCCAAUUGUUUUUUAGAUGAUGACGAUGGUGAUAAUCACAUUGCAUAUAAUUGUAAUCUAGCUACUGAUAUUAUGGAACAAGUACCUGAUAAAUGGGAAGGUUAUAUUGUUGCUCCAUUGGGUAAUAUUCCAGUAGAGCAAAAUGAAUCUAAUCGAGUUCAGGGAGUGACGGUGUAGUUACUCGGUCAACAAAGUGAAUAUAUUCAUAAUUUUGAUGAAAAUAGCAGAAAAGAAACAAAUAUACACGUAUUAACACAGUGUAUACCGUAAUAAUAAAAAUCAAAAUGAGAGUAAC